CUCCGGCAGGUGGGCCUGCUAUGGAAUAUGAUGAGAAGCUGGCGCGCUUUCGACAGGCUCAUCUCAACCCCUUCAACAAGCAGCUGGGGCAGGGCCAGCAUGAGCAGAAGGCCGGGGACGCUACCGAGGACCUGGGCCAUCGAGAGGUGCUGCUGGAUCUGUCGCAGGCGGAGCCGGAGUUUCAGUGCACGGAGCGCGUGAUGGACCUGGGCCUGGCUGAGGACCACUUCUCCCGCCCUGUGGGCCUCUUCCUGGCCUCGGACAUCCAGCAGCUGCGGCAGGCCAUCGAGGAGUGCAAGCGGGUGAUCCUGGAGCUGCCCGAGCACUCGGAGAGGCAGAAAGACGCCGUCGUGCGCCUCAUCCACCUGCGCCUCAAGCUCCAGGAGCUGAAGGACCCCAGUGAGGAUGAGCCCAACAUCCGGGUGCUGCUGGAGCACCGCUUUUACAAGGAGAAGAGCAAGAGUGUCAAGCAGACGUGUGACAAGUGCAGCACCAUCAUCUGGGGCCUCAUCCAGACCUGGUACACUUGCACUGGGUGCUACUACCGCUGCCACAGCAAGUGUCUGAACCUCAUCACCAAGCCCUGUGUGCGCUCCAAGGUGAGUCACCAGGCUGAGUAUGAGCUGAGCAUCUGCCCCGAGACCGGGCUGGACAGCCAGGACUACCGGUGCGCCGAGUGCCGGGCACCCAUCUCUCUCCGGGGUGUGCCCAGCGAGGCCCGGCAGUGCGACUACACGGGCCUGUACUACUGCAGCAGCUGCCACUGGAAUGACCUGGCUGUCAUCCCUGCCCGUGUCAUCCACAACUGGGACUUUGAACCCCGCAAGGUGUCACGCUGCAGCAUGCGCUACCUCACCCUGAUGUUGUCACGCCCGGUGCUCAAGCUGCGGGAGAUAAACCCUCUGCUCUUCAACUAUGUGGAGGAGCUGGUGGAGAUCAGGAAGCUGCGCCAGGACAUCCUGCUCAUGAAGCCCUACUUCAUCACCUGCAAGGAGGCCAUGGAGGCGCGGCUGCUGCUUCAGCUGCAGGACCGGCAGCACUUUGUGGAGAAUGAUGAGAUGUACUCGCUGCAGGACCUGGUGGACGUGCAGGCUGGGCGCCUGGGCUGCUCGCUCACCGAGAUCCACACCCUCUUCGCCAAGCACAUCAAGCUGGACUGCGAGAGGUGCCAGGCCAAGGGCUUCGUGUGCGAGCUCUGCAAGGAGGGCGAUGUGCUCUUCCCCUUCGACAGCCACACCUCGGUCUGCACUGACUGCUCUGCCGUCUUCCACAGGGACUGCUACUACGACAACUCGACCACUUGCCCCAAGUGCGCCCGGCUCAUGCUGCGCAAGCAGUUGCUCUUCCGGGACCCCAACACCAAGGUGGAGGCUUAGGGCCAUGCCCAGCCCGCCAGCAUCAUGGAGCCUCAGCAAGGGGAGGAGUAGUAGGACCGUGGCCAGCCGGUCUGUAUGUACUUUGGAUGGCAGGCCUGGACGGGCUGCUUCCACCCCUGGACUUGCUGCCUUGGCGUGACUCAAAACUGCCUGGGAUGGGGCUUGUGCAGCUGCUAGGCCCUUUUUGCCACCACACGGCAAGUGCUGGGCCCUGCUGACUGUGGGGGCCACCCAGCUGCAUGAGGCAGUGCACUGGACAGGCUCCCCAGGGUGGUGUUGUGUACCAGGGGAUGCACCCAUCGCAGAGCCUGGGCUUGGUCUGCCUCAGCCCCAGCCUGCACCUUCCUGCUGGCCCCGGUGAAGGGGCAUCUGUGCUGUGCCGGGCCAUGGGGCUGUCAUCUACUGCGGGGAGUUUUCUGCCUCCUUGUCUCUCUUGCUGCCACCACUGGGCUGGGGCUAGGAAGUUCAGCUUCCCCAAAGACACAACUAUGCUCUCUCUAGCAGGGCAGGUGGCCUGGGGUGAGUGUAUUCAAAGCACCCUGUUACCUGGGCUCUGGCUCCGUGGCCUGGCUCAGGGCAUGGGGUUGGGGGAGCCCUACAUGUUCAUUAGGGGUGUGCAAGGGCCUGUGCCCAAGGCACCUGCCCCCAGCACACAAGUGUUCACACUGCACCUGCGCUAGCACUACAUAUCCCCAGCCGCAGCCACAGAGGGUGCUGGUCUUGGUGCCUCCUUAAACACUAAUUUCACAUCAGUCUCCAGUGGGGUGGGCGGGGGCUGCAGGGCUCAGGCUACAAUUGUUGAGUGCUGCCUUGUCCCAUGGAAGGCUGGACCCGCCAGGAGAAGGGGCCCCUGCCCGACAGAGUAGGCUACAUCCUGUCGCCACUCACAUCGAGCCUGCCCUGACCUCUCCUUGUUCCAAAUUCGUGUGGAAACGUCUCUGCCUGUCCUAGAGAUGCUGAUGGAGACCUCCAUAGGGCCAGACAGCAGACAGGCCCCAGCUGGGCUGUCCCUGGGGCCCCUAGUAGGGGCUGCUGGGGUCUUAGCUGCCUUGGGGGCAGGGGCACAGCCUUUCCAGGGCAGCUAAGGCAAGUGAGGGGCUUCUAACUUGCCAGAAACAGCGUCUUGCCCCCAGUGAGGGCAGGGGGCUGAGACGUAAAGCAGUAGAGGAGGGCUGAGCUGUGAAGUCCCUCCUGGACUGGGGCUGGCUGGCAGCUCCCGUCCCCGCUCCACUCGUGUAGCACUGCUGCCCUCAAGCUCCCUGUACCCCAAGACAGCCUGGAUCUUAGACCCCAGCUCUAUCCCUGCGACCCUGGGGCUGCUCCCUUCACCUAUCCUCUGUCGUCCUCAUCGGAAGAAACAUUCCACAGUGCAUCUGAUCCCCCCCCCCAAAACACACACACUUGAACACAUCCUUGUUGCAAAUGAAAACGCUGCUAAAGUUUCACAGGAGCAUUAACUCGGUGUCUGCACAAUGUAGCAUUUUCUAUUCCUGUU